AUGAAAAUUAUACUUGGUAGUAUCUCAACUCGUUUAACAACGAUUCAGUUAGAAAAAACCUUGGGUCUUGUUAAAAAUUUUUAUUUACAAAUAAUGGAAGAUGAAUAUACUCUUACUCGUUCAUCAUAUAUUGAUCAAGCAAAAUGGAUUGAAAAACUUAAAUAUGAUGUACUUAGAUUUAGUUUAGAUUCAAUUGAUCUUAAUCUCAUUGAAGUUGGAAAUGCUAUUAAUGUUCAAAUAGCACCUAUUCGUCUAUAUAUGUGUAAUAUGCAUACGUCAUUAUUUAAUGAAAGUUUAACUUUAAAAGUUGGUACAAUACAAACUCGACAAUUAUUACGUCUUUAUCCUGGGUUAUGGUUAGAAGCUGGUUCGAAAAGUGUUCCUGAAUUAUGUAUUAAUGCAAAAUUUGAAUGUCAACCACCAACGCCAGCUGCGAUUAAUGAACAAUUAGACUUUCUUCGUCGACAUGAUCAACAUUCACAACGACUUCAUUUUCUUUAUAAUCUUAAAUCUCAACAAACAUCAAAUAUUCCAACGAUAUUAAUAAAUUUAAAACGUCCAUCUUAUGUUGGUUUAGCAACAAAUUCUAAUAUAUUAUCAUGUGCAUGUGUUAGUGGUUCAACAAAUUAUUAUACACUUGUACAAGGUGAUCAGUUGUUUAAAAGUUCAUUUCGUCUUAGUGAACAAUCAUCAUCUGGUCGUUCAUUAUUUCAUCCGGAGUUACAUAUUUUGCAUUCACAUUUUAUAUUUGAACAUGUUAAUCGAUUUCAUGAUGAAUUAGAUGAUGAAGAAAUUUUUUAUCCAUUUGAUUUUUGUGGACAACAAAAACAAUCUAAUGAACAACAUCAAAAUAUAAAUGAUGAUCCGUUACAACGUAAUGUAUCUACAGAUUUAUAUUCAUUAUCACAUGCUAAUUUAUUAAGAAAUUUAAAACAUAAAUCAGUUAUUGAAUGA